AUGGCUUGCCUACGUAUCCAGUGCAUUACAGCUAUAGUCGCCAUUAUUGGGUUCGCACUGCCCUGCACAAAAGCUUUCCCGGCUGCUGCUCAUCCCCACCCCUGCGCGCAGGCGGCACCUCCGCAGACGCAACUGGAUUUGAACUCCACGGUUCUUGCCGUGCAGGCCCGGCCAUGGGGACUGGCAUACCUGAACGACAACAUUGCCUUCGCCGCCAUCAAUUUUUCUAUAGGAGUCCUUGACACAUCCCAAUUUGCCCCCAAGCUGAUGCAUAUGCUUCCUUUGCCGCCCGCAUUCUUAAUAGGCAACGACGAUCCCAACGCGGAUGGCUACGGACUCCGUGAGAUGACCUUGACGCAUGAUAAGGAGAACCUUUAUGUCGCUACCGGUUAUGGGGCUAUCAUUCUGGAUGUCCCACGAGCCCUACAAGGAAGGAAUGAUUCGUUUGUAGGUGUGCUUAGCCAUGACGGGUACGCUGGGAGGAGUGCGAUUGAAGCAUCCAUAACCGCCGACGACAAGUUUGCCUUCAUAAGCCAGGAAUACGGGAGUAACGUGACACAUAAUCUCGGGGCCAUCGAGGUUUAUAAGAUCACCCGCCAGCAAAACAGAACGGUAACAAGCACAUGGAAAGGUUUCAUCGGCCUGGGAUUUCGAACAAUCGGCCAACAAUUCUCGACAGACCAAAGCAGGUUAUUUGUUACCAGCGAGAUUAAUGGUACAGCGAGGUCGUUAAAUCAAACUGGCGGUCUCAUCAGCGUACUCGACGUGGAAACGCUCAAAGCCAAGCCUGCACGGUCGUUGAUCAAAAACGUCCCCGGUGGAUGUCAUCCCGUCCGAUCUACCCUUUCUAUAGAUGGAAAGCAGCUCUGGGUUAGCACGCGAGAGUCGAAUCAGGUAUUGGCAUUUGACACGGAUAAGCUGGCGGACGAAACUACCGCAGACCCGCUGCUGGCCCAGGUCGAUACGGGUACAGCACCACUAGGAAUCACGGCAAUUCGAGACUAUAUCUUUGUCGCAGACUCAAACAGAUGGAACUAUAGUGACACGACUGCCGGUGUUUCGGUCGUGAAUAUUGGGGACGCGUUGCGGAAGGGAUACGUAAACUUUCCGCAAAUACCAACAUCAGCCUUUCCGCGCACAGUUGUGGCUAGUCCUAGUGGUAAUACGCUCCUCGUCUCCGAAUUCGAUGCCGCAAGCAUUCGCGCGGUGGAUAUAAGCUCUUUGAGCGCAUCGUAA